GCGCGGGAACGAGCGCGCCAUUCCCCCACCCUAACCUCGUGCGGCCAUGCGGUAGUGUUUAGGUUAGUUCUAGAGAUGCCGCGCGAGCACAAGGUGGCGGCCGCGGAGCUGCUGCCGAUGCGCCCCGUGGAAGACAAACCUUCCUCGGGCAUCCAGCUGAAGAAGGAACUCGGACUCCUGGACGGCGUGGCCAUCAUCGUCGGGGUCAUCAUAGGAGCCGGCAUCUUUGUAUCCCCCAAGGGAGUUUUGGUCAGCUCUGGGUCCAUCGGUCUAGGUCUGGUCGUAUGGAUACUGUCCGGAGUGCUGUCUAUGAUCGGCGCCCUCUGCUAUGCGGAACUGGGUACAAUGAUCCCCAAGUCUGGCGGGGACUACGCCUACAUCAGUGAAGCCUUCGGUCCACUCCCAGCGUUCCUGUACCUGUGGGUCGCCCUGCUGGUCAUCGUGCCCACGGGUAACGCCAUCACUGCCCUUACCUUCGCCCAGUACAUCCUGCAGCCCAUGUGGACCAAUUGUGACCCUCCUUACGAGGCUAUCAGGCUGCUGGCCGCCGUCAUUACUUGUCUACUGACUGCUAUCAACUGUUACAAUGUCAAGUGGGCUACGAGAGUACAGGACGUGUUCACUGCCACCAAGAUUCUUGCUCUGGUUGUCAUCGUAUUGGCCGGCUUAUGGUUCCUGCUCAGCGGAGAAACCGGCAACGUCAGCAAGCCUUUCGAAGGCACCAACUUUGAGCCCGGUUACAUAGCGCUCUCCUUCUACUCUGGACUCUUCUCUUACGCAGGAUGGAACUAUCUGAAUUUCGUAACAGAAGAGUUGAAGGAUCCUUUUAAGAAUCUACCAAAAGCCAUCUGUAUCUCAUUGCCGCUGGUAACGGUCAUCUACGUCCUAGUGAACAUCUCGUACUACGUUGUGUUGACAAGGGAAGAGCUUUUGUCCUCUAGCGCAGUGGCUGUUACUUUUGGAGACAAACUGCUUGGCGUGAUGUCCUGGACAAUGCCCUUCUUCGUGGCUUGCUCCACAUUUGGAGCUCUCAACGGAGCCAUCUUCGCCUCUGCUCGUUUGUUCUUUGUGGGAGCCAGACAAGGUCAUCUUCCUAAAGCAAUCGCCUUGAUCAACUAUGAACACUACACCCCAGUGCCUUCAUUAGUCUUUCUGUGCAUCGUGACUCUUGCGCUCCUUGUUAUAAAGGAUGUUUACGUUCUCAUCAACUACGUCAGUUUUGUGGAGGCUCUCUUCACGUUGUUCUCAGUCUCGGGUCUUCUGUGGCUCAGGCUCAAGAGGCCAAAUGCAAAACGACCAAUUAAAGUAAAUAUUUUACUACCAAUAACGUUCUUCAUAAUCUGUGCGUUCCUGGUGGUGUUGCCGUGUUAUGUCAAACCUUGGGAGGUCGGCGUGGGAAUCAUCAUCAUUCUCUCUGGCAUCCCAGUCUACCUGAUAUUCAUCCACUGGAAGAACAAACCGAGGUGGCUUGAUGACCUAGGAGACAGCUUCAACUUCACAUGUGCCAAGAUGUUUAUGUGUGUGUUGAGUGAGGAAGUGAAAUCGGAUUGAUGUUCAGAGCAAACUUCUGUUCUGUUCCCAAGUUUGACAUCGACAGUGUCUCAGCUGUCAAGAUCAAAAUCUGACAAGUCGUUUCUGCCAAAUACUGCCAACGACCUUUUAUGAUAUAUUCCAUUGUUGUGAAAAAGAAUUUUACUUUUAUAAGACAUAUUUGCGGUUUUAGUAUAGAGUUUAAUUUAGCAUUGUAAAUAUAAUUAAGAAUGUACAUAGUUACUGUAGUUAGUCAAAUCUAGUUGCCUUUUGUAUAACAAAUUAAUGUAGUAAAUAUGUUUUUGUUUUUAGAAAAAUCCUCUAAAAGUUGAUUUGAUAUUUUUUUAAAGUAGCUUUUUCAUUUCAACUUAUUCAAUUUAAGAACUUCCUUGUUUGAAAAUAUUUUAUAAUGUUUUAAUAAACCAUGACUAAAAUCGUGACAUAUCUUUUUCAUGCUCAAAAUAUUUUGACAUUUUCCUUGGUGUAAACUGUAUUUUCUUCCUAUAGUAUAGUAAUGUUUUAAAAGUAUUGGUGAUAUGGAAUUUUUCAACGAGCCACCGACAGACUGUGCUGUUAUAAAAUACUAUUUUUUAACCAUAUGCUAAAUUGAGAAGGAAACUUUUGUAAACUGAAGUAUUUUUCAAAUUCAACUACUAUAGCAUCAAAUAAACAAAUGAGGAAAAAUAACUUUUUUAAUAAAUAGCUACUGGGUAGCACACCUUGAUGAAAGGCCCAUUCAACUUGUAUAGUAAUUUUAGUAAACACACUGGUUACUUAAUUCACUCCGGUAUGUUUUUUUUCGUGAUGGCAUUAUCAAUGUUAAUCUUGGUUUGUUGGCUACUGAUCACAUAAAUAAAAUUAUACACAAUCCACUAAAAAAAUUUGGAGGUAUAUUUUCGAGUUUACAUCAAAACCCAUCUUCAGCCUCUGGUAACAACAUAACAAGUGAUUAACAAGUAAAAGUAAUAUUAUAUUUUACCAGAGGAUGAAGAU